AGCAACAGAGAAGAAAGACCAACAUGUCUCGGGAGGCUGCAGAAGAUCUUCGUUACAUAAACCAGUACAAAAACAAGAUUAUCAGGGCUGCUAACAAAUAUGGAAUGAAGCCUUCUGUCGUGGCUGGCAUCAUCUCCAGAGAGAGCCGCGGAGGCAGAGGGGCAGGUUUCGUUAAUGGCUGGGGGGACAACGGGAACGCCUUCGGACUAAUGCAGGUUGACAAGAACUGGCACACGCCUAGGGGUGCGUGGGACAGCCAGGAACAUAUCGAUCAAGGCACUGAGAUUCUAGCAGACUGCUACCGAACCGUCGGACGUGAAUUUCCUCAGUUGACCGGGACCAUGAAGCUGAGAGGAGCACUGGCUGCCUACAACAUGGGAACAGAAGAAAUGGCCUCCUCCUACAGCAAAGUGGACGAUCACACUACCGGAGGGGACUAUUCCAAUGAUGUCACUGCCAGGGCCCAGUACUAUGAGGAUCAUUUGUUUUAACUCUGAGAGCUCCCCCAUUUCUGAGUUAAAGUUAACUUUGAACAGCAAAUACCAUCAACAUGAAGCAGAAUUAGACAACACUUACUUUUCAUUUUUUUAAAGGAGUUGGUGUGCUCAUCAGUGAAAUCUCACUAAUCAAAUGAAGGUCUCAGCAUGACUGAUUGAUAUCUGUGUCAUUCUAUAUCCUUUAUAAUUUUAUUAAUGCAAUUAUCUUAAAGUGGAUAAAUGCAUUUCUGCAGCAGAGUAACUACAAUGUUUGAUGUCAUUUGCAGCGUGUAUCAGUGGAUCAAUAAAGCUAUCAGUCCAGUAUAUAUAA